AUUUUUUUCUCACCUGCUUCUUCUGUUUUCAGUCCUCGAGACUCUGGUGCAUUUUUGACUUGAAGCUUUCCUCUAUCGCGAAUAUCGCGAAUACAUUAUAAGCUUCAAUUUUUUUUUUUUUUUUUUUUAAACUCUCGCCGUUCAAACAAGCAGAUUCGUGAUCUCAUGUCAACACAGAGGAACUCAACUUCUGUCAUGUCCGCGAUCACUCCUUCUGGUCCACCUAGCACAACAACCGCAGCUGGUUCUGUAGUAGUAGACAACACACCUUCAACAGAAAACCUUUCAUCAAACGACCCACAAAAGGACAAGGACGAUUCCAUUCAUGCUUUUUGUCGUGAAUAUGCCAAGAGAAUUGCGACAGCACUAACGAAUCAUGCAAACGGUACAUUUGCGGCGGAUGAAAACAAUACAAAGGAGUUGGUAUUCAGCUCAGGCAAGGAACAUAUUGUCUGGCCAUCCCCAGAAGCGUUGAUAGAGCUCUACACAAGAGUACAGCGUGAUAAAAAGGGUAAAAAAAAAAGAAAGUCAUUAAUCACUAUGAAACAAUGUUAUUGGACUUCCAUAGAACUGAGUGACCUUCCCUAUUUUCAUCAUUUGUUCCCGUUUCAGAACCUAAAAUUAGGGAGGUUCUAUCAGACCAGUCAUUCAUCGUAUCAAAUUUUGCAGCCAGCCUCGCUGAUAAGCUUGAGCAACAAUUGGGACAUCCACGUCAACAGCAACACCAGCAGCAGCAACAACAACAUCAACAACAACAAGCUACUAGGCAAAAUGAACAAUGUGGCUGUGGAUUUGAUCAUAAGGAUCAAAAUUCUUUAGGCUUUCCUGAUGAUAGUUAUGAAGAUGAACCUGAUGAAGACGAUUUCAAUGUUGAGGACGAUGAGGACGAAGAUGAUCGGGAUCUGGACGAUGAAGAUUUUGAUGAUGAUGACGAUGACGAUGACGAUGACGAUGAUGAUGAUGAGGACGUCGAUGAAGAGGAAGAAGAAGGAGAUAGUUUAGACGAGGAUGAU